UUUUGUUUUUGUAUACUGCUAAACUUUAGUUGUACAGUUGGGUGCUUUUUUGUUUUGGCUUCCUCUUCACCAGUCACCACCACCACCACCAUCAUCAUCUCUUCAUUUUCUCUCUCCUCCAUUCUUUCUCCCUUCCAAAAAAAAUCAAAACCCUAAAUUCCAUUUUCCCCCCCUUUUCGAUUUUCUCUCUCCUCCGAUCUUCCGAUUCGUCGCCGAUUUGUACUGGGUCGACUCAAUGAGUCACUCGUUCGAUUCACUCUCACUGUAAAAAGUAGUGUUCUUCGACUGUUGUUGUUGUUGUUGUUGUUGAAGUAGUUGUUGUUGUUGUAGUUCUCGAUGUGCCAUUAAUGGCGGCUUCUAUUGCUGCAUUUGAACGUCCUAGACUUGGUCCUUCGAAUACGGUUUUUAAGAGUGGACCACUUUUCAUCUCAUCCAAAGGUUUGGGUUGGAAAUCUUGGAAGAAGCGUUGGUUUAUACUGACACGCACAUCCUUAGUGUUCUUUAAAAAUGAUCCUAGUGCUCUUCCUCAAAGAGGCGGAGAAGUAAAUUUGACGUUGGGUGGUAUUGACUUGAACAAUUCGGGAAGCGUUGUUGUACGAGAAGACAAAAAGUUACUGACAGUACUUUUCCCUGAUGGACGUGAUGGUCGGGCAUUUACGCUUAAGGCUGAGACUUCAGAGGAUUUAUAUGAAUGGAAGACAGCCUUGGAGCAAGCUCUUGCGCAGGCACCUAGUGCUGCCCUUGUGAUGGGUCAUAAUGGCAUAUUUCGAAAUGACACAAGUGAUGCGAUUGAUGGAUCAUUUAAUCAAUGGAGGGACAAGCGCCCAGUAAAGUCUUUGGUCGUUGGACGACCAAUCUUGCUUGCGUUGGAGGAUAUAGAUGGUGGACCCUCUUUUUUGGAGAAAGCUCUUCGAUUUCUUGAAACUUAUGGUAAUAAAGUGGAAGGAAUUUUACGACAGUCUGCAGAUGUUGAAGAGGUGGAGCGCAGAGUCCAGGAUUAUGAACAAGGCAAUAAUGAAUUUGAUCCCAACGAGGAUGCUCAUGUUGUUGGUGACUGUGUGAAGCAUGUCCUUCGCGAGCUUCCAUCUUCUCCUGUUCCAGCGUCUUGCUGCACUGCAUUGCUUGAGGCUUACAAAAUAGAUCGCAAGGAACCACGGGUGAAUGCUAUGCGAUCGGCGAUACUGGAGACAUUUCCAGAACCUAAUAGGCGAUUGUUGCAAAGAAUUUUGAAAAUGAUGCACACAGUUGCUUCUUAUUCUUCUGAGAAUCGGAUGACUCCUUCUGCUGUUGCUGCUUGCAUGGCACCUUUGCUUCUACGCCCUCUUUUAGCGGGCGAGUGUGAGCUGGAUGAUGACUUUGAUAUGAAUGGUGAUAAUUCAGCCCAGCUUCUGGCCGCAGCAAAUGCUGCUAAUAAUGCUCAGGCAAUUAUUGCAACUCUUCUGGAGGAGUAUGAGAAUAUCUUUGAUGAUGAUAGUUUACAGAGAUGUUCAAUUUCAGCAGACUCUCGGAUUGAAAAUAGUGGGAGCGAUGAUUCUACCGAUGAUGAAAAUCUGGAGGUUAAAGAAAAUGGGUAUCAUAAUGCUGAUAAUGGAGCAGAUCAAGAAACAGAUGAUGACCAGGAACGUGUAUUGAGUGGUAAACUUAGUGAGAGCAGUGGAUAUGGAGGCAGUGACCUUUAUGACUAUAAGGUUCAGCCUUUUGGAGGUGAUGAUUCUGAUGGAUCACCUAGAACGAAUAAUGCAUCAUCUGUCAAUUCUAAACCUCGUAGCGAUACUCAAACAUUGAGGGAUUCUAAUGGAGAGUUGAGUGAACAAAAUAAACCAGUAAAGGUGACUGAAAGCUUGACAAAUGGCACGAGCAGUCCUAAGGUAACUGCUGGGGAAUCUUAUCGUUCAAUGGGGGAGAUACUGUCAUCAAUGGAUCCGGGACCUCCGCUACCUGUUGCAGGUCCUGAAUCAAGUGCUGAAAAACCUACAAGUAAACUCACUGGCUCUGGUGCUAAGCGUUCAAAUUUUUGGAACAGAGGCGCUGUUCGUAAAACACCAUCUAUGGAGUCAGUUGAUUCCUCGGGAGAGGAAGAACAUGCCAUCCAGAGGCUUGAAAUUACAAAGAAUGACCUGCGACACAGAAUUGCAAAAGAGGCAAGGGGAAAUGCGAUAUUACAAGCGAGCUUGGAGAGAAGGAAACAAGCUCUGCAUGAGCGGCGUUUAGCGCUUGAACAAGAUGUACAAAGACUACAAGAGCAGCUGCAAGCUGAAAGAGAUCUUAGAGCUGCAUUAGAGGUUGGUUUAAGCAUGUCCUCUGGGCAACUUUCUAGUUCACGCGGUAUGGAUUCCAAGAUAAGGGCUGAGCUUGAGGAGAUUGCUCUUGCUGAGGCUGAUGUGGCCCGGUUGAAGCAAAAGGUGGCAGAAUUGCACCACCAACUCAAUCAGCAACGGCAACAUCAGUUUGGUUCACUAUCUGAUGCAUGUGACAGGAGAUUUCUUCAGCAAGAUUUUGAUAGUACCCUUGCUUUCUGUAAUCAUGAAAGGAAACAACGAAGUGAGGAGGGAUCGCUGCCGCCAGAGUGGAAUCACGUCAAGGGACAAGUAUCAGCUGCUGGGAGUAGUAGCCGGCAGCCUCGCAAGCAGUUUCUAGAACCGACUAGUUUAAGUGAUUCAAAAAGCACAGAAACAUCUGCCAACAUGUCUUUUGAUGAAUUUGGUGGUGUUGAUUCUGCUUCUAUGCCAUCCACUUCAAGAUUACCGGAGGUAUUGGAUUUUCCCCGACAUCCAUCAGCAGCAUCAUCAACAUUAGUAGAGUUAACAACCCGGCUUGACUUUUUCAAGGAGCGGCGAUCUCAACUGAUGGAGCAGCUUCACAACCUGGAUUUGAAUUAUGGGGUGGCAAACUCCCAAGACUAUUUGUACAGACCAUCUUCGCCGUCAUGGAGCUGACUGUCCACAUGCUCAGCUUGAACAAUCGAAGAGAUAACCCUGUUGUUUAUUAUUUGUACAUCCUUUUACUGAUUGCAUAUAGUUCUCCUGUAAUUUUUUUGUGCUCUACUCAAAUGAUCUCUGCUUUUGCCCUUUCUUGAUUUAGAGAGUUUUGUGUUCUUUAGUUUUUGGCCGUGGAAUCGCAGAUAAGGAUAGUAUCUCUUUCUUUUCUCCCCUCCCAUUUCUUCUGAUUCUAAACUAUGUAGAAUGGUAGCUUGUAUUGUAUGUAUAUCAUUGUUUUGUAUCACAGUAUGAAAAAAUGACUCAAAAAAAGAGGGAACAAAAAUAGACCUGGAGCGAUGUAUCUAGUAUUUUAGUAAGUAUUGUAGAAUGGUUCUCUUACAAUUUGUUGUAUGCAACUCUUCAUUGUGUGAUCCUCUUUAUACAAAGCUUUUGGAAAUGUUGUAGUUUA